AUGCAUGAAUUUUUCUCGUCAUUCGUUGUUUCAUUCAUUUUUUUUUUUCUUUCGUUCUCUUUUGAUUUUCAAUCAUUUCUUUUAAGUACUUUUUCUCAUUCACUUUUAAAUUUUUUUCUAAUUGAGAAAAUUCUUCCUGUUGUUACAUUCCCAGGUUUUCUUUCUUUUGCUCAUCCAUCUCUACUUUCUCACUCUGUUUUUCCCCCUCUCUCUCUCUCUGUUCCUCUUCAUUUUCUCUCUCUCUCUCUCCUCUUUCCCUGUCUCUCUCUUCUGUUCAUCUCUCUCUCUCUGUUCCUCUUUCCCCCUCUCUCUCUCUCUCUCUCUGUUCCUCUUUCCCCCCGUCUCUCUCUCUCUCUCUGUUCUCUCUUCCCCCCCCCUCUCUCUCUCUCUCUGUUCCUCUUCCCCCCUCUCUCUCUCUCUCUCUGUUCCUCUUCCCCCCGUCUCUCUCUCUCUGUUCCUCAAAAAUUUCCCCCCUUAUCUCUCUCUCUCUGUUUCCUCUUUCCCCCCGUCUCUCUCUCUCUGUUCCUCUUUCCCCCCCUCUCUCUCUCUCUGUUCUCUUUCCCCAUCUCUCUGAAAUUCUCUGUUCCUCUCUCUCUUUCUCUCUCUCUCUCUCUCUUCAGAAUUCCUUUUUCCUCUCUCUGUUCCUCUUCUCUCUCUGUUCUCUCUGUUCUUUUUUAUGUCUCUCUCUCUCUCUCUGUUUUUCCCCCCCCUCUCUCUCUCUCUCUCUGUUCCUCUUUCCCCCAUCUCUCUCUCUCUCUCUGUUCCUCUUUCCCCCCUGUCUCUCUGUCUCUCUCUCUUUUCCUUGCGAAAUGUCUCUCUCUCUCUGUUCCUCUUUUAAAAUCUCUCUCUCUCUCUAUUUUUUCCUUCUGUCUCUCUCUCUCUCUGUUUUUUUUUCUUCUGUCUCUCUCUCUCUCUUUUCCUUUUUCUCUCUCUCUCUCUUUUUCCUGUUCUCUCUCUCUCUUUUUUUUCCUUCUGUCUCUCUCUCUCUCUUUUUCCUUCCGUUUCUCUCUCUCUCUCUGUUCAUAUCUUUUCCUUGAAUCUCCAAAUUUAUGA